UCACAUGACGUUUGCUUGGACGAGCAAACAAAACAACUCUAUCUUAACUGUGUUUUCUCUUUCUUUUCUUUGUUCAGCAAAUGUGAUCUCCUCACCACAAGCGCUGCCGCUGCUAUUGCUGCAAGUGAACACAUUUAAACAGGUUUUUAACGGCAGUCUGAGUCAACACUGUCGCUGCCUAUGGAGGCGGACGGACUGGAAGAUGAGGGACCCUCGUCUCAGAGUGAAGAUUUCCAGUUGGCACAUCAGGGGAGUUCAGACCCUGUAGACAAUGUGUAUGUGGAUAAGGAAGCAGUGGAUAAACUCACAGAGGGAUUACUCUCUCACUACCUACCAGACCUACAGAACUCUAAAGGGGUACUUCAAGAGCUCACACAAAAUCAGCUGAUAUUGUUAGACACACUCGACCAAGAAGUCACAAAGAUCAGCGACUGUAAUGCUUUACUGGACCUGAAUUCGCUGUUUACAGAGGCAAAAGUUUACCACAAUAAACUGGUGAGCAUCCGGAAAGAGAUGAUCAUGAUUCACGAAAAGACAACUAAACUAAAGAAAAAAGCUUUGAAACUGCAGCAACAGAAGCAGAAGGAGGCACUGGAGAAGGAGCAGCAGCGUGAGAAGGAGCUGGAGAGAGAGAGGCAGCUUAUCGCCAAACCCGCUAAAAGAACAUAGGAUCCUGCAGCAGUAUUGUCAACCACACAGCUGGUUUAACAUGUUUUGCCUUAUUUAUUACAUAUCAACAGCCAUUUUCCAAAGAGUGGGGUUGUUGUGACGUUUUUCUUUCUUUUUUUUGAAAAUUCAUUUCUUUGGGUAUCUUGCAUUUAUUUGACAUUUCACUGUAGAGACUCAGAUCAGAGCAGAGAUGAGCGAAGAUGUCUUGGGGUUUUGGUGGUAACGUCAUAUACUAUAAAUCUAGUGGCCAAAACAAACCAUUUAACCCCUCUUAUUCUUUUAUCAUCAUUAUCCAUCUUAACGCAGACAUAGUGUAGCAACUAUAAAAGCCUGAAUGAAAACGCAGCUACGAGGCUGAGAUGUUGAAGUUUAUGCAGAUGAUUCAAGAAAAUGAUCAAUGAGAAACUGUAACUGAUGAGAAAUCAUAAUAUGAUUCACAAAACAAAGAUAUAUAACGGAUGGUAAUGGUGUGUGAAGUGCCAGUCAACACCGUCUGUCUAUAACUUUCAUGUGCCAGUGAUCAGAUUAAACUAAACUGAGGUUUUAGCUCCUACAGGUAGGCAGCGUCACUAGGAAGGUAGUGAUUUGGUUGAGACUCAUCCACAGGUCUUUAAAAAGCUGUUUUUACUGUCUCGGAACACACACACACACACACACACACGCUUUAUACAGUAUGACAGAAGAUUUACAUUAUACUGAAAGGUUGUUAUGGAGAUAUUGCUAAAAACCCUCGAAGAUGAAUGAGAAACAAAUACUUUGUUACUUCCUGUGGAGAAACUGAAUAGAACUAAAUAUUCAGUUUAUAGAACAGCUGAGCAAUAUGUUGCCUAUCCCAGUUUUAAAGCAUUCUUACAUUUAACUUAUCAGUUUUAGUUUGUUCAGAAUUAUUGCAGGACUGCGUUAUAGAUAGUAAAAGUAAACAUGAGUUUAUUGCUUUACAUUUCAGGAAGGAUUCAUGUUUGGGUGCAGGGUAAUUGUAGUUGAUCAGGUUUAACCCUGUUACCCACUGGAAUAUAUAUACAUAUCUAAAUAUGUAUAUAUUAUUGUAAUAUUUAACUUCUAAGGACAGAAACAUGGCAUAUGAAUUUAUAGGAAGCUUUUAAAAUAGGACUGGAGCGUGUCAAAUGUAUUGUUUGCUUGACUUUGAGGAUAUGAGUUGUUACAGUAGCCUGACGACUCGUGUUUAUUCACUUUUAUGAUGACGCUCUUUCGUCGUUUUAUUGCUGCACUGCAGUUGGAGCAAAGGUGUGUGAAACAGUCUGCGAGGAAGGAAAUGUAAACAGUGUGUGUUUGCCUUGGUGAAACAGUUCAGUCGGUGUAUGACGAAUGUUCUCCGGGAAGGAGCUAAAAUGUUUGGUCCUUUUUUUCCCCCUGAGAUGAACAAAAUCAGCACAAACCAAAAACACAAGGACUAACUCAUCAGAUGCUGGUAUUUACAAGAUCAAACCUCUAAUACAGAAACACAAGCACUUCCCCCCCGAGAGCAGAACAAAUGAGUCAAAGACACAUCACAUGACCAGGAGGAGAGACAGACCAUUUACUAUUUCCUCUUUAUGUUUUUAAAUGUUGAUAUACAGUAUGUUGUCCCUGGGCUUCAUAUCCUGUUUGUGUUGAAUGUUGAUCUGUGCUAGAUUUGACUGACUGUACUUCUGAGGUCCAAAUAAUUUAAUAAUAUGUGUCAAACUUUACCCCCACUGUUACUCUGCAUCCAAUAAUAAUAAUGAAUGAUAAAUAUUUAAAAAAGGCUGCUAUGCACUACUUUUACCUGGAACGCCAUUGUUUGUACUAGUAUGUACUAUAUGAAUAUUAAAAUCAAUACAAACUA